UCCAGCAUCAGCCAAGGCAAGGAGGAUGUGAAUGAAAAGCCUCCCUCGAUUGCUCCAAGAGGGGGAGUCUCAAACAUUGCCUGUGUGGUGGGUCUUCAGCACACUCACUUGGACAGCCAACAGGGAGGAUGCAGAAGUCUAAAUACCGUGUUUGUUACCUCUGGUUCUGGGCUACAGAGGUCAGCUGCCAUCAGGGGAGGUUCUCUUCCAUGAUCACUGCACUCAGAGGAGUCGGUGCUUCAGGAAUCACCUUAACGUUUACUUCUUUCAAGAAAACAGCAGCGGUUCCCUUCUUCCCACCACGCAGGCUGCAUUUUGCCUCCACAGCCAUGCUACAGGAGUGGUCUCUGCUCGUUGCCCAGUGGCACGAUGCGCUCUAGAGCAGCUGGAAACAUUCUAGAGUCCACGUCCUGGACACGCGGGGACAGGGACAGGCCACGUCCCAGACAGGGACAGGCUGCUGUAGGGCAGGACAAAUAUUCUCUGCUGCAACAACAGAUGCAUGCAAGUGAUUCCCAGCAGUUGUUACGCUGGGAUGAAAGAUUUCGACUGCUAUUUGAUCCCUGCUGUCAGCCACAGGCUGGGCGUCCACCUUCCGAAGUCUCUUACAAGCCCCAUCCCUGCUGAGUGAGCUGGUGUGUGUGCCCUGGUCCCUGUCCUGGUGCCGACACCACCAACCCCGUGCCACACCGAGGACGUGGCUGGGUUCGUUCUGCUGUCAGCAGAGGCUGCUGGGCAUGAUGGAGACCAGGCUGCCAAGAGCUGUACUUCUCCUCUGCAUGGCAGAUGUGCUCCACUCUUUUGCGAUUGAAGAGAAAGAAGAUGUCUUCAAGCGAAUGGUUUGUCCCGCUUUCCUGAUGUUUGACAACGCCGCUUACUUGGCUGACAUGACCUUCGAGCUCCCUUGCAACUGCAAGCCCGAGGAGGUCUCUAAUGUUGUCUGGUACUUCCAGAAGACCAUGAGAAGCAAGGAAACCACGGUCCUGACCGACUUUGCUGGCAACGUGGUUGUUGACUCGGGCCAUAUCCACGUGGGCAGCAACGUGCUGAAGCGUUUCAGCAUCCGGAUGUUCAGUCUCAUCGUCUUCCGGGCCCAGGUGACAGACUCGGGCCUCUACCUGUGUGGCACUAAGAAAGGGGACUUCUUCUACGGCUACGACGUGGACGUGCAGCCAACCAAGCACAUCACGGUGGCUUUUGUGGACAGAGGCGAGCACGUCCGGGAUGACUACACGGGGAAACUCUUCAGUCUCUUCACCACCUUCUGGGACUGGACCAAAUGUGACCGCUGCGGUGUGAGGGGCGAGCAGCGGCGGAUCGGGCUGUGCUACAUGCGGAGCGCCAAGCUGCACCCCCGCUACCGCACCGCCCUGCCCAACGUCACCUCCUGCGGCUCCAGGGCCGUCUCCACGUGGCUUCAGCGCCGCGGCCGCCGCUGGAAGCCCGAGGUGGCCAUCCGAAGCUGCCUGGCCCCUUGCGUGAAGGAGCAGGACCCCCAGGAGGGGGUGCAGGCCAUCUCCAACAUAAUUUACAAGCUGGGCCAGAAGCCCUGGCUGCCCCACGUCCCCACGCAGUUCCACAAGCAUCCAGUAGGAAGAGAUCUGAUCAUCGCCUGCCCGGGAGCCCGGCCUGAGCACGCCGUGGCCUGGGACAAGGACUCUGUCCGGCUCUACCGCUCCAACUUCCUCGUGGGCGUCAACCAGAGCAUGCGGGUCUUCAUCGACCACGGAAACCACCUGCACAUCCAGCGGGUCCAGUUCAGCGACAAAGGCACCUACUUCUGCUGGCGGGAGGGCCAGCUGGUGGCCGGCUUCCGUCUCAGCGUGGGCCACCAGCGCCAGCGCAGGCGGACGCUCGACGAUCCCGAGACGAUCUACGCCGUCAAGGCCAUCAGCACGAGCUACGUCCUCAUCAGCAUCAUCUUCGUCGGUAUCCACGUGUGCCGCUGCUGUCGGCAGGUGUUCAGGUGUCCCGGAACGACGUAGCGUCCCCACGCAGCCCCGACAGGUCACUCCUACACCUUGGGCCAUUAUUUCAGGAGAAAUUUAUAAUGUUUGGACCAUUAAAAAUAAAUGGGAUCGAAAUGCUGCCAGUGCCCACUCAUCCUCCAUUUUGGGUUGAGAGCGCAGCGGUGAGGACUGAGAUGGAAAAGUCCCUGUGCUGCUGGGCGGUACGGCGUGGUGGGACAGAGGGGAUUUCACACCACCACGGGCUGUUCCUGGCCCCUUGUGCGGGUUUCAGUAGGCUUUUAAGCUCAAUAUAAUCCUUUUUGAAUAAAUACUUGGAGUUGUUGCGGUAUUUUCUUGCCAAGGCACUACAGAGUUCUCAAACCACAUCAGUGAUUUAUUAGGGCUGUUUUUCUAAGAGUCCACUGUAAUCCACCAAACUGUUUUACUCCAAUUAAUUCUGGCUUUUCUUAGAUUUUUUUUUUUUUUUUAGUUCUUUUCAUUGCUGAAAACUUUGAAUGCCAACGUUUCAAAACAUCCAGUGUUUGUUUGAGAUCCUUGCUGGAGCUAACCUGUCUUUAAAAUUUUGAGUUGAAACAUUUAUAAUUUCAAAAGAGAAAAAAAUCCAAAUGAAAACAGAGGAUAUCUUUAGAAAUUU